AGUAACAAUAAUGGUCGACCUGUGGAGCGAGUCCCCGCGACCAUCCGACUUCACGCCGGAGAGCGCCGAGGCAAACGUGCUCGCCAGGAACGGCUACAUGCUGGGCGCCGAGAUAGGCUCAGGGUCGUACGCCACCGUAGCAAUUGUUGCUAAAGAUAACCUCGCCUACGCCUGCAAGAUCGUGAACAUGGGCGAGACUUCCCGCGAGUACCGGACCAGGUUCCUGCCGCGGGAGAUCAACAUCUUGGCGCGCCUACGUCACCCGAACAUCGCCCGCGUCUUCCAGAUCAUUUGCGAAGCAAGGAAAGUGUUUUUCAUCAUGGAGCUUGCCACAGCUGGCGACCUCCUGUUCAAAAUUCAAGCGGGCGUCUUGCCAGGAUUGUUCGACGGGCUGGAGAUAGGCGGUGACGUGGAGGCUAUCUUCGUCGGUGACGUGCAGCAGCAUAGCGCCGAGUGUCUUCGCCUGGUUCCUUCCAAUGCAGGACGUCUUCAUGAAAGAACCGCCCAUCACAUAUUCGUUCAGCUUGCAUCCGCCGUUGCCUAUCUCCAUCGUCAUAACAUUGCACACCGGGACUUGAAAUGCGAGAACGUGCUGCUCACCACUCAGCUCGUGGUCAAGCUCGCGGACUUCAGUUUCAGCCGACGAUCCCGUGGUGCGGAGGAAGAAAGUGUACAGCGAGACGUACUGCGGCAGCGAAGCGUACGCCCCGCCCGAAGUGCUGCAGGGCAUCCCCUACCAGCCCAAGAAGGCGGACAUGUGGAGCCUCGGCGUCGUGCUCUACGUUAUGAUGACCGCUGCGCUGCCCUUCGAAGACGGAAACAUCGUGCGACAGGUGCGCGGGUUCGCCUCCAAAUGAACCGCGUGAUUCGUUUUCCCCGGUACCUGGACUCGACGCACGAGUACCGCAACCUGGUUCGCCUCUUGCUCGAGCCGGUGACGACGCUGCGAGCAACCAUGGGCAUGGUUGUCAAGCACCCUUGGCUCUUGCUCUAUCCGGAUCCGACGAACACGCUUUCCAGAGAAGUGGAGCCGCGUGCGGUGAGCCCUGUGCUCAGCGGUCCGGUGCUCGUCAAUGAACAGCCAACCGAUGAGCGCGGAAACCCGCUGCCUGCGCUCACCCGGCAGCAUGCAGCCGAGGACAUGUACAACACGCAGGCCUUCGGGACAUCGCCGCUUUUUCCAGACGAAUCGGAGAGCGAGGACUACCUGGACGACGAGGCGCACACGGAUGGCCACCAAGAAUGGGGCGAGGGAGAAAGCGCGCUGUUUCUCGAGACCAGCACCGCAGUCAUGCGCGACCAAACCGACGCGGAACAAGGACACGAUUCAGACGAAGAGCGUACAUUGCCGCUUUCAAAAGGUGGCGCCAGUAAGCAAUUCCUGGAGAACAAAAACACGCGGAACGCGCCGACCGACAACGAGACCGUGAUCCAAGACAGCGCGACAAGCUCGCGUGGGAGGCGCAGCACCAGCGACGUCGACAUCGAGACUGGCAACGUAGCCGAGCAGGCGGGUGACAGUUCCGCAACCAGAUCAGGAAACAGCAGCCACAUGCCAGUCUUCCGGAAGGGCCGUCUUGAUGGACACUGGCUCGAUCUGCCAUCCUACCUUGCGUAUGACGACUCGUCUGUGUUCCGUGUGACUGAGCCGGAUUCUCUGAUUAGAUACAGGAGGCAGUACUACCACCAUCCAGACUACUACCACAGCACCGAGACGGACGAGAACAUGGGCCUUCGCCUGCCACCGCUCGACGCGAACGACACCGUCGAGUUUCCCUUCGGGAGACUGUCGCCCGAAUACGGUGGCGCUGUGGAACGCUUGUCGCGGGAGUCGCCCAUUUACCCCCAAAAGGGAUACUACUGAUCUCGGGGUUGCCUGCAUCACAGUGCCAUACACGUAAACUAUCCCACACUGAACGUGAAGCAAGCAGAGGUGACACACACUCGCUUCUUGACUAGUGCUUUCCUACGUCAAAAUCGGAGUACCGCCAUGUCGGGGUGUGUCGGCCAUCUGAAUUCCCUUAAUGAAAUCUACAUUAUGAAGCAGCUAGCCUGAGAAAAUUGCUUCAUGACUCUGCGAUAAGAGAAAGAACUACUUGAAAAUAACACGCCUGCCUUCCAUUGGAAUCGUUAAAACCACAUAGAACACUCUACGUGGCUGCUAAAUCAAAAACUUUUCUUAGCGAGCACCGAAUUGUGUUGUACUCUCGCCGCAGUAGUGAGAAAGUUGACAGUUCGGCGUCAGGUCAAAACUCCUUGCGUGGACGUGUUUAAAAUCGCCUAGAUGAACUUCAGCGAAAGCCUAUAGUUGUAAAAAUAAAGAC